AUGCUGCCAUUACCGACAUUCCUAGUACUCCUGUAUAUUUCCGCAUCCUAUGUUUUACCAUUAUAUGCAACUUCAGAACCAGAAAGGUCCAAACGAGAUAACCCUCGAACCAUAAAAUCUCGCAUGCAAAAAUUAAUAAUCAUGCUAAUUUCCAAUCUAUUUUUGGUUCCUCUUCUACAAACUCAAUUGAUUGAUACUAAUUCACAUAUAACUUUCAAAGAUGCCUUUUUCGAUUUAGGUAUUAUACCCGGAUACUACGCAGCGUUACCAAAUCAUUGGCAAGUCGGCCAGUUCAUGAAAGAUUUAGUCAAGUGUGUUAUGAUGAUUAUGAUUUUAUACUGUGGCCCGGUGUUAGACUUCAUAUUAUACCAUAUAUUAACGCCAAAAAGCUCCGUACUGGAAGAUUUCUAUCAUGAAUUCUUGAACAUUUGGAGUUUUCGAAACUUCAUAUUUGCUCCAAUAACCGAGGAGAUAUUUUAUACGUCAAUGCUAUUAACAACAUAUUUAAACCUAAUACCACAUUCACAACUGAGCUAUCAACAAUUGUAUUGGCAACCAUCGCUGUUUUUUGGACUCGCGCACGCACAUCAUGCUUAUGAGCAGUUUCAAGAGGGUUCCAUGACAACAAUUUCCAUUCUGCUAACCACAUGCUUCCAAAUUUUAUACACAACACUUUUUGGUGGACUAACCAAGUUUGUAUUCGUAAGAACGGGCGGUAACCUAUGGUGCUGCAUCGCCUUGCACGCCCUGUGCAACCUCAUGGGAUUCCCUGGUCCCUCAAGAUUGAAUUUACAUUUCACUGUAGUAGACAAGAAAGGUGGACUCACUUCCAAGUUGGUCUCAAUCUGGAAUAAAUGCUAUUUCGCAUUGUUAUUCAUUGGAUUGAUAUCCUUAAAGGAUACUUUGCAAAAUUUGGUGGGGACUUCUGGCUAUAGAAUAACGCUUUAG